AUGGCUGCACAGGAGCUGCGAUAUGACGGCCAGACGGUUGUAGUAACCGGAGCUGGUGGCGGCCUCGGUCGCGAAUACGCUGUCUUCUUCGGAAGCCGCGGCGCAAACGUCGUCGUUAACGACCUUGGCGGAAGCUUCAAGGGCGAGGGCGCUGGCUCAGCGGCGGCAGACAAAGUUGUAGAGACGAUCCGCUCCGCAGGCGGCAAGGCGGUCGCCAACCACGACUCUGUAGAGAAUGGAGAGGCCAUUAUCAAGACGGCUAUUGAUGCGUUUGGCCGCGUCGAUGUUCUCAUCAACAACGCCGGUAUCUUACGAGAUGUCAGCUUCAAGAACAUGAAGCAGGCAGACUGGGACCUCAUCUACAAGGUCCACGUCUUGGGAGCAUACAAGUGCGCGCGUGCAGCGUGGCCUUACUUCAGGAAACAAAAGUAUGGACGUGUAAUCAGCACCGCCUCGGCUGCCGGCCUAUUCGGGUCUUUCGGACAGGCCAACUACUCUGCUGCCAAACUUGCCCUGGUUGGUUUCACCGAGACGCUCGCAAAGGAGGGCUUCAAGUACAACAUCCUCUGCAAUGUCAUCGCACCCAUUGCUGCGAGCCGAAUGACCGAGACUGUCAUGCCUCCCGAUGUCCUCGAGAAGAUGAAGCCCGAGUGGGUUGUUCCUAUCGUCGCUGUCCUCACACACAAGUCAACCACCGAGACUGGCUCAAUAUUCGAGGCUGGUGCAGGACAUGUAGCCAAGCUGCGAUGGGAGCGCGCAUCCGGCGCCCUGCUAAGGGCCGAUGAGACCCUCACACCUGAGGCUGUUGCAGCCAAGUGGAAGGAUGUCGUCGAUUUCUCCAAGCCCGACCACCCAGAUGGUCCUGCCAACGCACUAGAGCUUCUUGAGAAGUCACACCAACUGCCACCCAACCCCAAGGGUGAGCCGCUUGACUUCAAGGGCAAGGUCGCGCUUGUGACUGGUGGAGGUGCUGGUCUCGGUCGCAUUUACUGCUUGCAAUUGGCUAAGCGCGGCGCAAAGGUCGUCGUAAACGAUCUGGUCAACCCUGACAACACUGUUCAGGAGAUUCAGAAGCUUGGCGGAGAGGCUGUCGGCAACAAGGGCGAUGUACAGGACGGCGAGUCUGUCAUCAAGACUGCCAUUGACACCUACGGACGUAUUGAUAUCCUCAUCAACAAUGCCGGAAUCCUCCGCGACAAGGCAUUCGCCAACAUGACCGACGACCAGUGGGACAUUAUCCAUAAGGUUCAUCUUUUCGGCACAUACUCCUGCACCAAGGCUGCCUGGCCAUACAUGCUCAAGCAAAAGUACGGCCGCAUCCUCAAUACUACCUCCACCAGCGGUAUCUACGGAAACUUUGGCCAGGCCAACUACUCAUCCGCAAAAUGCGGUAUCCUCGGUUUCUCAAGGACUCUCGCUCUUGAGGGCAAGAAGAACAACAUUUUCGUCAACACUGUUGCACCAAACGCCGGUACUCAGAUGACCCGAAGCAUCAUGCCUGAGGAGGUUGUCCAGGCUCUAAAGCCCGACUACAACGCCCCUCUUGUCAUUCUCCUCGUCUCUGACAAGGCUCCUCAACCAACUGGUGGCUUGUACGAGAUGGGCUCCGGCUGGUUCGCGGCUACUAGGUGGCAGCGCACUGGCGGUCACGGCUUCCCGAUCGACGUCAAACUUACCCCAGAGGCUGUUCUCGCUCAAUGGCAACGUAUCAUCAACUUCGACGAUGGCCGUGCCGACAACCCAGCUGACAACAGUGAUGGUCUCAAGUCCAUCAUGGCAAACAUGCAGAACACUAGCAAGGGCAAGAAGGAGAAGAAGGCCACCAAGAGCAACGAGGAGGUUCUGGAGGCUCAGAAGAAGGCAUUCGCGGCUAAGCCUGAGGGUACUCCCUUUGAGUACACCGAGAGGGAUGUCAUCCUUUACAACCUCGGAAUUGGCGCCAAGCGUACCGACCUCCCCCUUGUCUACGAGGGCGACCCGAACUUCCAAGUCGUCCCCACCUUUGGUGUCAUCCCUCCCUUCAACGCCGAAAACCCCUUCUCCUUUGACGAGAUCGUGCCCAACUUCGACUUCCGCAUGCUCCUCCACGGAGAGCAGUACCUCGAGAUCCGCAAAUUCCCUAUCCCCACAGAAGCCAAGCUCAUCGCCGUACCCAAGCUGGUCGAGGUUGUGGACAAGGGCGCCGCUGGCCUCGUUGUAUACGGCAGCGUAACCAAGGACGCCAACACUGGCGAGGAAAUCUUCUACAACGAGAGCACAGUCUUCAUCCGUGGCUCAGGCAACUUUGGCGGCCCGAAGAAGGGCGGUGACCGUGGUGCGGCUACAAAGAUUCACAAGCCUCCUCAGCGUGCCCCCGACACCGUCGUCGAGGAGCGCACAAAUGAGGAGCAGGCUGCUCUCUACCGUCUCACCGGUGACCGUAACCCCCUGCACAUCGACCCCCAGUUCAGCAAGGCUGGUGGCUUCCCUACUCCUAUCCUCCACGGCCUCUGCAGCUUCGGUAUCUCGGGUAAACACAUCCUCCAGACAUAUGGCCCCUUCAAGAACAUCAAGGUUCGCUUCGCCGGUGUCGUCCUGCCUGGCCAGACGCUCAUCACCGAGAUGUGGAAGGUGAACAACACAGUCAUGUUCCAGACAAAGGUCAAGGAGACGGGCAAGCUUGCCAUCUCCGGUGCUGGUGCAGAGUUGAUGGGUGGAGCGAGCAAGUUGUAGGACACGACAUUUCUGUUUGAGCGCGGUUUCUUCUGAUCUAAAAACUGUUAUGUGUAUAUAGUGUUAAUGUCUCGAGCCUUGAUUUCAAAUGAACACUUUCCAAUGA